AUGGGUGCUUUCAAACACGAGGACGGCGGCGCGUCCGAGGGUCGUGAAGCGGGCAGCUCUGAUGCGAGGUCAGCCCGGAAGAGGACAAAAACAGGAUGUCUCACCUGUCGAAAACGCAGGAUCAAGUGCGACGAGGGCAAGCCUGUAUGCAAAAAUUGCAUGAAAUCCAAGCGGCAGUGUGAAGGUUACAACCAGCGAGUUGUCUUCAAACCGGCUGAUUUUCAAUACCUGCCUCACGGUGGUGCAUCUAUAACAUUCGACGCUGGACUCUCGGGUGUCCACAAUGAGCACAACCACCAUUCAGUGUAUCCUCCACAUUCCGGUUCUCAGCAACGCUCACUCUCUGUUGGCUCGCAGAUGUCACAACAGUAUGGACCGAUGGGAGAUUCUAUGGACCACCAGCGAUCACCACCAAUACCUCAGCAUCCAGGUUUUGAUCCGACUCUUCAUGGCAUAUCACAGCAACAAACACGAUUCGAGCAAUCUCCGGACAUGAAACCAUUUCUGGAUAGGAGCUCGUCAUUCUCACAUGGCGUUCCGGUUGACAGUGGUCCAUCAAAUCCGGUCUUGUAUCAAUCAAUUCCGGAAGAAUUACCAUAUGUUGAACAUUAUUCUACCACUGGUUGGCAGCAGGAUCUUGGCCGAAGCGGGGUCCUGGACGAGGCGGCCAUAGAACUCCACGAUGAAGACUAUUAUGACGUUGAUACGGAGGAUGAAAUGUUUGACAUGGAUACCGAGUUCGGGGCACAUGACAUCCACGGAUCAAAGGCUCGCCCCUACGCACAAUCUAAAAACGGACUUGACGCUGCCAGACUUGAUGCUCGAUCCUUUGACACUUUCGUGUUCAGUGGUGCUAUGGACAGCUACAGACCUGAGCAUGUUGCGAACCCAUUGAAGAAUCCGGCUACAGCCAGAGUGUUUGCUCAUUUCAUGUCAGAGACUGCUACGAUUUUGACCACUUCUGCAAGACAAAUCUGGCGGCUGAAUCCUUCCUCUUCAGACAGCAAGGCGAUGCCAAUGGUACGGAAGUGUAUCUGGACACAUACUUUGCCUAUGGCAGCUUUGCAUCAUCAAGGCUUGCUGCAGUCCAUGUUGGCAAUCUCGAGUCUGCAGAUAGCAAAGAUCCAGGGCGCGUCCGAGACACCAUCGCUCAAGCACUAUGCAUAUGCGUUAAAGAGGAUUCACGCAUGUGUCGGUAAUCCGAAGAAGAGACUCUCGGUCCCUGUCUUCGCAGCAUCGUUAUUGCUUGGUUACUACGAAUGUAUGGCUGCCAAUCACGCAAAUUGGCAAAGCCAUCUGAACGGUGCUCGGCAAUUAGUGGUCGAAAUGGACUUCGCUGGGAUGACUAAGACCUUCAAGCAAAUGAAGUCUGUAAAGGCGCGGCAAGACCAGCAAAUGCCGCGAUUUUCGGCUACUGGAAUACCCCAAAUAUCUCCAGAUCAAUCGCCACAGGACAUACUGCUGGAUCAGAUGUAUGAAGCCGAUGAGAAUAUCGUCGGGGCCAUCUGUGGUACUGGAGUUAGCUACGACAGAUAUGGCCACAUUGGCGAGGCAAUGCCACCUCAACAACCUUUCAACCUGGAGACUUAUGAUACACUCAAAGACUUAUAUUGGUGGUAUUGCAAGCAAGACGCAUACCACAGCUUGAUCAGCACUGACCCUCUGAUGAUGGAUUACAGUCGCUUCACUGACUGUCCGCCCCGAGCACCUCUAGGGAGAGCCGACGCUCCAUAUGGUUCAUUCGAUCACAUCGUGCUGCUACUGGCUCGAAUUGCAGACUUUGCUGUUCGAGACAGGAAGAGAAAGCUGAAAGUCGAGAAAAUGAACAUGGGGUCUCCGCUUGACAACGGACGACGUACAUCCAACGCCUCUAACAAUCCAUCAGCCACACCUCCACCAAACAUGUUUUCUUCACGUGGAAUCUCUCAGUCGCCAUCAAGCACAACCUCCCACGCAUACGACAGCAUAGAUCUGAACCUCGCUUUUGCAAAUGCCCUCCAAGAAUGGAACAGUAUAAAAGCAGCGCUGGAUUUCGUAGCCACCAGUCUAGGCCCUUACUUCCAGCCUCUGGAUGCCGAGUACCAACCACCCUCCAACACACCCUUUGGACCCGCACUCCUCUACCGUUCCUGGGAUAUCAGCGUAUUCUGGGCAAACUACAACAUGGCCAUGAUAGCAGCCCUGCGCAACCACCCAAAUAUGCCUCCAGCGGCUCACGUGGCCGCCGCCGCAGCAGCAGAGCAAACAAAACCCUACGCCUACUCCAUCGGCCGCAUAGCCGCCAGCAUCCAAACGCCACCCGAAGAUCGUCCUCUGGAUCCCAAAAUGGGCGCUGCGAUGAUCGAUUUGGUUAUUCCCCAAUUCUUCGCUGGCAUCCAGUAUACCGAUGCAUCUCACCGCGCCUGGCUCGUCGAACGAUACUUUGAAACCAAUCGCCGCAGCGGCUGGGCUACCGCCAGUAUCAUUGCUGAAGGAUGUCAAAGCGGCUGGAUACGCGCGGCGGAAGCAGGACGAGGACCCCCUCAUGUUCGCGUUCGCAAAGCCACGUUCUCAGAUUUCAGAAUUGGACGAUAUGGCGAUAGUCAGGUGGAAGCCAGCAAGCAGAUUUCGGAAUUGGACGCGGAGAAUGAUAGAAAGUUUGUGAGGACUAAAGCUAGUGCGAGAGUGCAUUGGGCGAUUGGGUUGAUGGGGACUGAAGAGGAUGUUCCCGAGGAGGAGGAUUAA